UAGUGCGAGCUGUUUGGCCGUUUCCAUGGCAACCCACUAAAGCCCCCGUCAAUCAAGUCUCAGUGCGCCAGCUGUGAGCUUCACUUGUACUUCAGAAGACUGGAAGUCAGCGCCUCCUCGUUUGCCCCCUGAUAAUAACUGCAGGACAUGGCCGACCGAGGCCAUGACGGAGGUGCAGACGUCACAGAUGAGCUUCUCCAUACAGAUAUCAACAAUAGCAGGAAAGACCCCUGUGACCUUCUCCUAGAUGCUAUUGAUGCUCAGCUCGGUCAGCUGCAGGUCCAUCCCACGAAAUGUCGCACCAUUUCCAGAGAGAUGGGUGGCAAUGAUGCAGAUCCCCUCCUUCUGAGUCAAUCCCUGAGCAAAGACACAGGGUUUGGGAGUACAACUCGAACAAAUGACACUCCCUUGUCUUGUCUUGAUUUGAUACACACUCCAAAGAUGGACCAAACAUCAGACAACAGCACACCUUUCCAGGAGGAUCCUGUAACUCAUGGAGAAAAUAAACUGAAAUUAGACAGAAGAAUAAGAGACAAAGAGGAAAAUGUGACUGAGGGGGAACAGGUCAUGUGGAGACUGAGGAGGCUGCUGGGAGACACGUGUAACGAGGGAUCUAUGACCGGAGAGUCCAACCCUCCUUCAGACAGCAUCUGCACCGAGGACUUUGUAGGACGCUUUAGAGACGAAAUGGUCGAAUCGGAAUUGGCAGCGAGCAAUACGAAGCAACUCGACAAAGAGGAAUGGACUGAGAGGCAGGUUGGCUUUGGUGAUUGGAUCAGUGAACAAAAAGGACGCAGUAUUCUUAAUGUCAGAACAUCAUCCAGCUAUGGAGUAAACACAUCACGGAGUGAGACAACCGCAGCUGAAGAAAGGUGCAAACCCCAGAGGCCUCGUUGUGAUGGCACCAGAGAUCCUGUUUGGAGCUUUGAUACCACGUCCAUUGAGAGUGACCUUGACUCAAUCAACAUAGAGCAAGUUGAGCAGCUAGGCCACAGAUCCUCCAAUGAAAAUGUCCAAAACGGGAGUCCUAAAGCGCAGCUUAAAAGGAGACAGACUUACAGACUUGUGUGUUCUUCUGGUGAUGGUGAUAAGGACACUGAUGUAGAAGUAAAUCACUGGAGGAGGCAAAGCAGUACAGAAAGAACACCAGAGAAGAUGGAGUCUGAUGGGGCCAAGAUGAAAGAGCGGCUCUCUACACUCAGACAAAAAUGUGAGAAAGAGGAGAUGACGCUACAGAAGAAGAAGGCUCAGAUAAAAGAAGUCGAUCUCUUCCUCUCUGAACUUAAACAAAGAAGAAAGGAAUUAAAGCAACUGACUGUAGAGACAGCAAAGAUGGAGAAGCAGAAGAGGACUCUGGAGUUUGUUCUAAGAGACAACAGGGCAAGAGAGAGCUCUAUUAGCUGCCAGCGGAAGGAGUCCUUCAUUCUCCAGGUCCAGCGGGUGGAGGAGACGCGUGAGGAGCUGCAGUUGGUCACAGAAGCUAACAGCUCACUCAGGAACACUUGUGCUUCUCUGGAGGAAAAACUUGAGGCAGUAAAAUGUCAACUGGGAGAAUGCAAAAUCAGAGUGGCCACUCAGGACAAGAUGUUGGCCCAAAAGGAGCUACAGGUGUUCGAUCUGCAUGUGGAACGUGGAGCCUUACAGGCAGAGAGAGACGGCCUGAGGGGGGAGCUACGACACAUGAAAGUCCUGCAGUGCAGAGCACUCAAAGAGGCUCAUGAGAAAGCCCGUGGAGCGAUGGAGGCGGCGUUGAAGCAGCAAAAGAAAGAAUUGACCUUGGCUCAUGAGCACCAGAUCCAAAAGGUUAAUAAGCAGACUGAAGAGGAAAAGGCAAACAUGUUGAAAGAAGAAGCUCUGUUUUUCACACACAUUGAGGCCUUGAAAAGUUCCGUUCAGCUAAAAGAAGAAGAGACAAAGAUGCUGAGGGGUUCUCUGGAGCAGCAGGAGGACCGUGAAGAGCAGCUGAACGCCCUGGAAAAGGAGAGUCACAGGGCAUUGCUGCGACUCGGGCAGACUGUUCAGGUGGCAGAGAAGGAGGCUGACAAGCUGAGAAGGAUGCGAGAGGAUAGCGAGGGAAGCCCCAACCAAGCCACAGCUGAACUGGAACAGCAGCUCAGGCACUGGGCCCAGGAGCUGGGAGCAGAGUGCCGUCAUCUCCACCUCUUGCUGGAGCCGAGUGGAGCCCAGCACAGUGCUGUGGAAAUUGCUCACAGUCCAACAGCCGCUGAGGCUCUCACACACCUGAGGACACUGAGAGAGCAGCUGAAGCGUGUGAUCAACCAUCUACAUCAGGAGCUCGAUUCACAGAAAGAAACCUCAGAGCAGCUGAGAAAAGAGAUGGAGAGACAAUUGAGCGUCCAGAGGCAGCAGCUGAGGAUGGACAAGGACCGAGCCUUGGAUGCUCUUAAGGAGCGUCUCAUUCAGGAGCACAUUGAGGAGUUGAGCAGUCUGUGGGCUCAUCCGUGUGAAGGACGAGCUGAGGCUAGAGCGAUGGCAGCGUCUCUGCGCAGGCAGCUGAAGGCCAAAGACCUGCAGCUCAGGCAGCUUCAGAGGAGCAUGGCUCAGUGGAAGGAAAGGACGGCCGCUGGCAUGCAAGUUUGAAGACGAGUUGACAGCUGAAUUAGAGAGGUACCACUCAAACAAACCAAAAUCAAGUCAAAGUAAAGGCCCAUUCUUUUGUUUCUGAGUUUUAGGCAGUGAUUUCCAGAUCAAUUGGAAAUGUGGAACUAGUUUUCUACGCCCAUCAAACAUGGCCCAGGGCGCCGAUAUAUGUUUAAUAGAAUAGAACUAUUAUGAAAAGAUAUUGUGUUGUUUUGCAUUUAGGUUUUGCUCUCAUUUUUGCUAUCCCACAGGUGGAAGACCAAGUUGUUAAGGGGCAGGUAACUGGUUUCUAAUGGCAUACUAACCAGCAUGAUCUCACUUCAACUCACUGCAGUAUGAAAGCGGUACCAUAGAUGUCAAAGGGAUCUGGCCCGCCUCCACAUUUGGCCCGGCCCCCUGAACAAUACCAGAGGGGCAUUAUGAUUUUUUUUUCAGUCUGGCCACGCAAAUCAUAGACUAGACCCUGUGAAAUAGAAUGGAAUAUUGGAGAAAAGGUUGAUUCAGAAUGCAGGGUAUUUAACCUGUAGUGGUCAAACGAUUAUUUGUUUGUUCAAUACUCUCAUCUGUCAAGAGGCGUUGGCGGUUAUUAUUUAUUUCAUUUUUUUCUGUAAAGAUCCCAGAGAAGAUUAUUUGGUUAUUAUUUAUUUCAUUAAGUGAUAUUAUUUAUUUUCCUGACUUUUUUUUCUGUGAAGAUCCCAGAUUGUUAUUAUUUGGUCAUAUGUGGCUUUCUGGAAAACAAUAAAUGUUUACAUUUAGGCACCCACUGCAAUCGUCACACUUUUUCUGACACCGGCCCCCUCCAGAGAAGGGAAAAGUUAUCUGGCCCUCACAGGAACAAGUUUGGGGACCCCUGGUGUAAAUGGUCACCUUGUACAUGUGUUUGUUCAUUGUAACAACUAUCACAUGGAGCUCUGUUUGUUUUCAAGGAAACCAUCAAAGCCUCGAGAGGAGAACCAGAGAGAUCCCAUGAGGCCUGAAGCAGGGUCAACACAGAGUGCAGAUGUGGAUACUGUUCCAGUGAUUAAAAAACAACAGAUAUGUAACCUAAAGACAGACAACGUUUAAAGAAAAACUUGUCUUUUCCCCCUCAGGAAGCUUGGAAAUCAGUUUGCUCUCCCUCCCCCAGCGUUGUGGACUGUGCUGCCUCCCACAGCUCCUCAGAUGUGGCUUCAUUUAAGCUCCUACGUUACCUGCAGAGCCGCGUCAAGCAGCUGUGUGUAGAAACACAGGCCUGCAGCUGGAGCCCAUCGCCGCCAGAAAGCAUCCCUUUGGAUUUGUCUAAUAACGCACACUGCAUUUAUACAUGCAAACCCAGCUCUGUCCUCUAGAGGCAGCACAGGAAACAAAAUCAUCCUCACAGACCCCCUGCUGCUCCUCUUUAAUACAUUCAGCACAGCAGGACCAGAUAUAAAAUCUUCAGAUCAUUACUGUUAUAUCAGAAUAAUACUGAUCAGCUCAUUUAUAGAUCACUUGAGAGCAAGACGACGCUGGGCUUCAGCGUCACUCAUCAAUCAGCGUUGUUAUGAGUUAAGAAACCUCACCAUCACCAGUGAUAUAUUGUAAUGCGUUUCAAGCUGUAUUUUGUUGCCAAAGAAAUAAAUCAUUUACCGUUC